AUGGCUUCUGCAAACGUUUUCGAUCUCUAUAGCACUCAGGAGGAAGAGGAAGUUACCUUGGUCCAAAAGAAGAGAUUGACCAGAAAACAUGAUGGGGAGCCCAGUCAGAUGCCUUCAGCCAAGAAGAACCGAGCCACCGGUCCUUCGAAGGAUGGGCCUUCUGGCCAAACAUCUGCCCAGCCUCCUGCUCCUCUCGAGAAGGAAAUUCCGCCUCCACCUGCUCCUGCUGCCACGACUCCUUCACCCCCGGCCCCUACCGAACAGGCUCAACAAACUGAGGGUGUUCCCCCUGGGGCUAAACUAUCGAGCCGCUCCCUAAGGUCGACCAAGGAUUUCCUUACUCAUAUCCUUAAGCAUGACCCCUGCAAAGAGGCCAUGGCUGAAGCAGAAACAAUGGGGGUCGACCAGAUCCUCAAUAGAGCCCUCAAUGAAGUGGCUAGUGCAAUGUUGACCACAACGGCUACUCGCGCCCGCGCGGGUGCAAGUGUCGAGUAG